UUCGAGGAUAUUUUUUUUUGUCUCUCGUCAAAUUCACAUAAAUUUUGCGCAUCGAUGUCAUUUAUUUUUGUGGUUUUAUAUUUAAUGCUUGCUUCGAUUCUGGAUAAAGAAUCGACUUCUGUGCAAUGAAAACAACGAAUGAACUUCAAAUCAAUUAUCACCAAAAAGGCGCGAGAAAAUUGUGACUCAGUGAUAACCACAUGAACUUAAUGAAAUUUCAUUAUUUUUGCAAUUGAACUUUAAUUGGAUAAAGAAGACUUUUUACAGAGAAAAAAAAGACUCCAAACCGUAAAUUAAGUGUUAAGCAAAUUGAAAGUAAUUUAAAAUCAACGUGUUGCAUUGAAAACAUUGCAUUUUAUCAGUAAUCAAAUGCUGAAUAGUAAAAACACUUAAUGUUAGUUAAGAACGUUUAGUGACGAGGAAAAAAAGAGGAAAAUAUGCAAAUUAAUUGGAAUUAAAACAAUAACACUAAAGAUAAAUAGUCCGUUUUUUGCCAAAGAAAUUAGCCAAUUGUGAACGAGUCAUACGUAAAGAAAGUGAAUGAAUGAGUCAUACUUCGCAAUAUUUUCAGAAAAUCGAAAUUCCAAUCUUGUGACACCGGUCUUUCACUUCGUGUGCAAAAAAAAAAAAAACAAAACAUUAUGAUCAAGCGUUAAUUUUGCGAUUUUUUUUUUGUUUGUGUGACAUAUAAUCAGUUAAAAUUAAAACCUGAAGGAACUGAAGUUAUUCUAUACAACAAAAGAUCUAUGUACAAUUUUGAUUAAAAAUUUGUACGAAAAGUUUUGAUCAAUAGUAAAGUAAUAAAAGAGAAGAGAAUAUUCAUUGAAGUUUCAAGAUUGAAGCAGCGCAACGGAAUUAUUAUUGAUGAUAUUGAAUUUUGGAGGGAAAUUGACUUAUUCUGGAACUGUGUCAUCGGCUUCAAAAUAAAUUCAAAUUCUUGUUAAUGUGCAUAUGAACAGAGUGAUAAGAUAUCGCAACUAUUGUCUACGGAUCUGAAAUUUGUUCAAUCAUCGAUGUUAAAUCCUCAUCUACUCGAUAACAACAUGAAUCAAACGUGUAAGGUUUGCGGCGAACCGGCAGCAGGAUUUCACUUUGGAGCAUUCACUUGUGAAGGAUGCAAGUCGUUUUUUGGGCGAUCGUAUAACAAUUUAUCAUCAAUAUCGGAAUGUAAAAAUAAUGGUGAAUGCACAAUAAACAAGAAAAAUCGUACAGCAUGCAAAGCUUGUCGAUUGCGAAAAUGUUUAAUGGUUGGAAUGUCAAAGAGUGGUUCACGCUAUGGACGUCGAUCGAAUUGGUUUAAAAUUCAUUGUUUAUUGCAAGAACAACAGCAACAACAGCAAGCUGCCGCUGCUGCUGCGGCCGCUGGUAAUCGAAAAACACCACCAUCAUCCUCAUCGUCAAUCAAUAUGCUUGGACACACAAAUUAUCCACAAAGUCUUUACUCAAGACCAACAACAAAAGAGGAACUAAUGCUACUUGGCUUUGAAGAUUAUAAUAAUCACAAUAGCAAACGGCCGUCUGCUUCACCAUCCGUUAGUUCACCCGAUAGUCAUAAUUCCGAUAGUUCCGUUGAAGUGGGCGAUCGUCGUCAAUCAUUACUGCGACAAUCACAAGCACAUCAACAGAAUCGUGGCCAGUUACCGCCUCCGCCCUUUAACAAAGAACUAUUCUUACCACUAUCGUUUUCUGGUUUGAUGCCACCACCAGGAUUUUUGCCACCAUCACAUUUAAUGUUUCCUGGUUAUCAUCCAGCAUUGUAUGCACAACAUCAAGGCCUACUGAAGCCAGCUGUCGAUUCCGUUGCUCUUCUUAAUUCAGCACAAACUAUGGCCAACAAUAAUAGCCGCUUUGUUCCAAACAAUAAUUGCGGUAGCAAAUCUGCUGAAGAAUUGACGAAACGGUACUUGGAUGCAGUUCUAAAAUCGCAAUGCUCUCCAAACGAUAAUAAUUCGACAAAAAGUGAAGACGAAGACAUGGAAAAUGAAGAUAUUGUUGUAUCAAUGACCCCACCAACUUCACCACCACAAUCGGCAUCGUUGCGCAGCACGAGCAGCGUGAGUCGUCAUUCAAAUUCAACGGUGGCUACAACAUCCACAUUGCGUGAUAAAAAUAUAACAUUGUCGACGCCAGCAUCGGCGCCAUCGAAUAAUCGAACAUGCUCACAAGAUGCUCCAAUGGAUUUAAGCAUGAAAUCGAGUAGCAGCAGUUCGGCCAGUGCAAAAGCAACAUCACCGACCCAUGAUCAUCGUGAUUUAAUGUCAGAUGAAGACGGUGCCGUCUCAUCGGAGGAAGAGCUUAGCGUUGACAAAAAAUCAUCAUCAACCGAUAGCCGGCCAGAGAGUAGAAACGAUGAAAAAAAUGCACUGGAAACAUCGAACGGACUACGUGUCAAAGGUACAACACCACUUGAUCUAACAACAAAAAUUUAAAAACAAAAAUAAAUAAAAAGAUCACACAAGUCUUGUCGAUGCAUACAAACAAAACAAAAAUCAAUGUGGUUAAAAUGUAAAUAAUUAUUGAGUAAAAAAAGUUCUCAUUUGCGCAUUUAACAACCAAACAAAUGGCUGAUGAUCGAAUUUAAUCUCAAAGUCAAAUGAAUUUUUAUUCUUUAACAUACGGUACGGUUGAAUUGUUAAUUGUUUACAAUGCAAUUAUAAUUAGGUGCGUAUAUGAGGUCAACAGUUGAUACAUCAAUGAUCAAAGAUAUAAAAAAAAAAACAACAACAAACACACCAACCAAAUGCACCGUAUCAACCGGCUUAAUGUUCAUUAACAAUUGUUCGAUAAAUUAUAAAUGCUUUUGCUUUUGUUGUUGAUGAUGUGAUGGUUUUAAAUGAUGAAUUUUUUCUUAGAAAAAAAACAGAAGAAGACAUUUUUCAAUGUUGAAUUUGACGCGAUGAAAAAUGCCUUGGCUGGCUUUUUAAGAGAGAUACUGUAGAAAAGACGUAAAAACAAACUAACUUAUAGGCACAAUCAAUCGUGUAUGUGCAUCGACUUAAUUCACAAAACGAAUAAACCGUUUCGACACAUUUUAAUUAAUAAUAAUAAUUAACAAAUCUCUUUUUUAUGUAGCUUACAAUUCACAUUUCAUUUUUUUUAUCUUAUUUUUGAUAGCUUCUAAUUUUUAAGUAUUGUUUUAUGCGCUGUUUUCGUGGGCAUUACUAUUUAAAUAGCAAAACACAUCAAUGAAAUAUAAAAAAAAGAUACAUAUAUAUAUGCAUAGGAUACGGAACACUUGCUAUAAACUUAGGGCGUAUAAUAACAUAAAAAUGAGUUUAAAUGUGUGAAAUUGUAGACGAGAAAACAGUUUUACGGUUUUCGAUCCAACCUUUUUUUGCUAUAACAUACAUUUCUACGUCUACAAUGAUCACAAGCAUUCGAUUUUUUUUUCAAGUUCAAUAAAAUUCACUUUGGUUUAUGUUUUCGUGUUGUUUUGUUUUAUUUCACCUCUCCAAAAAAAACUGUGUCUGUUUCGUCUAUGAAAAGGAAAACAUAAAUGGAAUUUAUUGCAACAUACCGAUAGAUAUUGAUUUUUGAAAAUUUGUUUUGAUUAAAUUUCCGUCUCCCUUUCUCUCUCUAUCUCUCUCUCUCUCUAUGUUUCGCUGUAUAUUCAUUUGAAUUUGUUAAAUUUAUUACACUCUUUUAACAAUUUGGUGUUGAAGUAAGAGAAUGAAUGUAAUUCUAUAGUGUGUUUUUUUAUCUAUUAAAGUAAUAUUAAGUAAGAUAUUAUAAGAGUGGCAACGGCUCGUUGCUGACACGAAUUUCACAUGAGAAAAAAAGGCAUUAAAAUGGGAAUAUUUUGUUAAAAGAAUAUUCAAUGCGAUUAAAUAGUAUAAAUUGGUGCUUUUAUUUAUUUAAUUAAAUAUGAUUUCGUUAGAUGAAACAUUUUGUAUGUAUAUCGUUUUGUACUACUAAUUCAAAUUAAAAAAAUAUAAAAUAAAAAUAAAUAAAUAAAUAAAUGCAGUAGAGAUACAAUACAACACAAAAAAUUGGGUCGAUGGAAUUUAUUAGCCAGAAUUAUUAUAUUUAUAACUUAUAUAUGGUUUAGAUAAAAUCUGCAUUUUGUUCUGUGCGCGAGAUUGAGUCCAAUAUUAAAUGAUGCCGACGAGAGUCAUACGAAUCUCUCCGAAUGCGAUUAAUUUUAAGAUCUCUUUUAAAGUAUACGUUACUGUUCAUUGAGCAAAUGGAAGUAGAUCGAACGCAGAUAUUUGGAUAAUCGCUUAACGGCAAUCCUUUCAUUCUGUGUUUGUGCAAAUUGUAAUAGAUUUAGGACAAAGCAA